CACAGAGGCUCCCGGUGGCGGCAACAUGGCGGCCGCCAUGGCGUGGCUGAGGGGGCGCGCCUGGGGCCCGGCCCGGCGGUGCGGGCUGUCGGCCGGCCGGAGCUACAGCGGUGGCGGCGCCUACCCCAGCGUGUCGCUGACCUGCCCGCUGCCCGGCGUGCCCAAAGCGGUGUUCGCGGCGGCCGAGGGCCGGGAGCGGUUCGAGACGCGGGUGACGAUGCUGGAGAACGGGCUGCGCGUCGCGUCCCAGAACAAGUUCGGGCAGUUCUGCACCGUGGGGCUUCUGGUGAAUUCGGGAUCAAGACACGAAGCGAAAUACCUCAGUGGCAUCUCCCACUUCCUGGAAAAGCUGGCCUUCUCCUCCACAGCUCAGUUUGGCAGCAAAGAUGAAAUUCUCCUCACGUUAGAAAAGCACGGGGGCAUUUGCGACUGCCAGGCAUCGAGGGACACCAUCAUGUACGCCGUCUCUGCUGAGGCCCGAGGCCUGGACACAGUGGUCAACCUGCUGGCUGACGUAGCGCUCCGGCCCAGGCUGUCAGAUGAGGAAAUCGAGAUGACUCGAGCAGCAAUACGAUUUGAGCUUGAAGACUUGAACAUGAGACCCGAUCCGGAGCCUCUCCUCACAGAAAUGAUCCAUGCGGCAGCCUACAGAGACAAUACAGUUGGACUGAACAGGUUCUGCCCAGUGGAAAACACUGACAAAAUUGGCCGGGACGUGCUGCAUUCCUACCUGAGGAACUACUACACACCGGACAGGAUGGUGCUCGCCGGGGUGGGAAUCGAGCACGAGCAGCUGGUGGAGUGUGCCAGGAAGCAUCUGCUGGGAGUGGAGCCGGCGUGGGGCAGCGGCCAGGCCAGGGAUGUGGACAGAUCUGUGGCGCAGUACACAGGAGGCAUUGUCAAGGUCGAAAAAGAUAUGUCAGAUGUGAGUCUGGGCCCCACUCCCAUCCCAGAGCUUACCCACAUCAUGAUUGGGUUAGAAAGCUGCUCGUUUUUAGAGGAAGACUUCAUUCCCUUUGCAGUACUGAACAUGAUGAUGGGAGGUGGAGGCUCUUUUUCAGCUGGAGGGCCUGGCAAGGGCAUGUUCACCCGACUAUAUCUCAAUGUGCUCAACAGGCACCACUGGAUGUACAAUGCAACCUCUUACCACCACAGCUACGAGGACACAGGUCUCCUGUGUAUACAUGCCAGUGCAGAUCCAAAACAGGUUCGAGAGAUGGUGGAAAUCAUCACAAGAGAAUUCAUUCUCAUGGCAGGAGCUGUAGGAGAGGUAGAACUGGAGCGAGCGAAGACGCAGCUGAAGUCCAUGCUCAUGAUGAACCUUGAGUCUCGGCCCGUUAUCUUUGAAGACGUGGGCAGGCAAGUGCUGGCAACAAACACAAGGAAGCUACCUCACGAGCUGUGUGCCCUCAUCAGUCAAGUGAAAUCUGCUGAUAUCAAGAGAGUGGUCACUAAGAUGCUUCACAAGAAGCCAGCUGUGGCUGCCCUGGGUGACUUGACAGAUCUGCCCACCUACGAGCACAUCCAGGCAGCGCUCUCCAGCAGGGACGGGCGGCUCCCGCGGGUGUACCGGCUCUUCCGAUAGACCCUGCACGGGCCAGACCUGCUGCCUUCUGAUAUGGUUUUGAGAUUCCAAUAUUGCUGCAAACCACUUCCCCCUCUCCCCCAGUCUUUCAGCUGGAGCUGUGCUGCAGCUGAAAUAAGCUGCUUCAGAGCACUGGGCUGUGAAGAGCUCAGUACCUUGGGCUUAAAGGCCCACCGUGGCCCUGGGUGAGUACUUUGACCCCCUGAGUAGGUUACAAGAGAGGAUGGGUGUAUACAGCCUUCUCUUGGCACUGGGGAGAACACAGCAAGCCAAAAUGUUCCUCAUUACAGCUGAAAGCAUGUAUCUGAGCAGAAGUCAGUCACUGCUGUGUGUUACCACUAAACCAUACCAGCAAUAGAAGCAGGGCUGGCACCCGGGAGGCCCCGGUGUGUGCCCUUGUUGGGGAAUGGGGUGGCAUGGCAAGAGCUUGGCUUAUGUAUCUCAAUUCAGAGAAUAUUUAUAGCUGUUACCAAGGUGAACAAAGACUUGGUCAGACUAAAUUAAGAGAAUACUAGUUAUUAUCCAUGGGAAGCUGGGUGACAAGUUUCCUGCAGUCCAGGUUUUGUUACAAGCAUCCUGGAUCCAUUUCUUCAGUGUAAUUUACUGGCUGUAGUACUACAUCUGUAGUACUACUAGAAGUCACAUGUUUGGAAAUAACUCUGUAAUUUUGCUAGAGCUCAGAGGAAAGUAGACCUAUGGCAUAACUAAGUUUCCAAGGAGUUCACCUACAGAGAUACUGUGUAUAAUGCUCCAUGGACACUUACUCUAGAAUGAAAGUGAUGCUGUUCUUCAGGUUUUUCACUUGUAAGUGAGCUAUGCUAAAGAACAAGAGUUCUUUCACUCCAGUUAGUAUACUAACAAAGUUAUUACAGGAGUUGCUGCUGCUGCACCUGAAACUUGUACCUGCUUUUUCAUUGUCAGUCAGAUGAACUUAAGGCCUUGUAAAGAGAGGAUGUAAUUGUCAGUCUCGCAGCAGAGACGUAGCUCAGCUCAGAGCAGAGAUCGACACAGUAACAUUUAGAAAGCUGAUGCUCUUGAAACUGACUGACACUGUGUUACAGACAUGAAGUGCCAUGCAUGUGAAACACUGAAGAAAUGGAGACCCAAAAGAGAGGACUAAAACAUUUGAUUUACACAACUCCCCUAACAUACGGGCUUAAAACUGUAGACAGCUGCAUUGCAGCACUUCCCUGGCUAGAUGUGUAUUGUGAGGAGCAAUCAAACUGGGAGCAGAACACUGUAAGGCAGCUAUUGCCUGCUUUAUCCCCAUACCCUUCCUUGUGCAACUAGAAGAAAACGUUGCAUUGCUUCUUGUGGAACCCACAGUGUGGAAAUCCUAUUCAGUUGUUGUGUAUGUUUGUAAGAAAAUAAAAGACACCUUGACAUGA